AUGAAUAGUUUAACAGUAAUCUUUUGUUUUUUUGUUUAUUUAUCAAAUGCUAAUUACACAGUAUUUAGUAAUGGAACAUUUCGAAAUAACUGGUAUGAAAAAGAGUCUAGUUGUUAUGCUUCUCAAACGGGUCAAUAUAAUGGACAGUAUAUUCUCUAUACCCAAAUGGCAAGAGAUAAAUUUUUAAAUUUAUAUUCAGACACACCAAUAAAAGAUUAUAACUAUUUAACAUUUGCAGUUAAUUGGGAAGAUCAAUACUGUAACUUAAGAAUUGGAGUAGAACUUGGAACAGAUAAAUGUCUUACUGCUUUCAAUUUUAAACCUGAUGUUUUAGAACCACAAAAAUGGAAUAGAGUUGUUGUAGAUAUAUCGUCACUUAAUUCGAAAGAUAUCAACACUAUUAGAAUUAACAAGAAUGACCUCCGUGAUACAAACAUCAUGUUUAAUGACUUUAUGUUUACUAAUGAGCCAUUACCUGCUGGUGUUUUCGAAUAUCCUAAAGUACAAACUUCGUCUGAAGAAUCCAAACUUGAAGACUCCUCUGUUCUUAUUAUUAUGACCUUAACUGUUACAUUACUCAUUGCCUUCUUUUAA